AUGUCAACAACAGCAGAUAGUUUAUAUGGUUCUCCAUCCUCAUCAACAGACAAUAGUCGGUGUAGUUCUCCAUCAUCAUCAUCAUCAUCAAUAAACGUUUCGUUUUUUGAAUCGAAUAAAGGAAAACGAUUACUGUAUUUCUAUGAUUAUAUUUUCAAGUGUAAUAAAGCAACGUCAUCGAAACGAUAUUGGAUUUGUGUUGAAAAAACAUGUCGUGUAUUUAUUCAUACCAAUUUAAAUGAUGAAUUUUUAACAAUUGUUGGUAAUCAUAAUCAUGUUGCAAAUCCAGAUAUACUUGAAAUGAGAAUAUUAAGAGCAAAAAUGAAAAGUCGUAUUAUACAUGAAACAACUUCUAUUACAAGAAUAUACGAUGAAGAAAUUGCUAAAGCUGGUUUAACUGAAUCAAUUGCCGCGCAAUUUCCAACUGUAAUUGAAUAUCGUUCAAACAUGAGCAAAGCGCGACGAAAAAAAACACCUGUCGUUCCAACUUCAUGUGUCUUCGAAAUUCCAGAUUCAUAUCAGAAAACUUUGUCAAAUAAACAAUUUUUACUUAUGGAUUUUUAUUUAAAACGUUCAAAAGAACGUGUAAUCGUGUAUGCAACUACCCAACAACUUCAGCUCUUAUUUACGAGUACAACCAUCUUUAUGGAUGGAACGUUUAGUGUUGCACCAUCUGGCUUCGAACAAGUUUUUUUAAUCCAUGUUGAAUAUUUUGGUCAAGGUUUACCAGUGGCUUAUUGUCUGAUGUCAAAUCGACGGGCAGCUACGUAUAUUGAAUUAUUCCAACGACUUAAGCAUGAAGCUGAAGUACUAGGCAUGCAAUUUCAACCAACGAAUAUUGUCUCCGACUUCGAAACAGCUUUGAUGCCAGCGGUUCGACAAGAAUUUUCUGAAGCAAUACACACCGGUUGUCUGUUUCAUUUUAUACAAACAGUCCAUCGCAAAAUAAUGAGUCUAGGUUUAAACGAUGAUUAUACCCGAUGUGCUGAAACACGUGAACAAUGUAAGCAGUUAAUUGCUUUAAGUUUAAUGCCAGUACAUGAAGUUGAACGUCAAUUUGGACGUCUUCGUAAUAUAGCAUCAUCAUCAUUAGAUGAUUUAUUCAUUUAUUUUCACCGUCAGUGGAUCAAUGGAAAUGUUCCGUUGGCUAUGUGGAACUUUCAUGAGCUGAAUCAUCGUACCAAUAAUAUAUCUGAGGCCUAUAAUCGGCGGUUUGGUUCUCGGAUUUUGAAAAAAUAUCCAAACGUUUGGACUUUUAUACAACUAAUCCAAAGUGAAAAUGCUCGAAUCGAACAUUUGAUAGUUCAAAUCAAUGCUGGUGCUGCUACAUCGAGAGAAACGACUCGAACGACUGCUUUUCAAAAACGAUUCGAGAAUCUCAAAACGAGAUUUCACAAUGAUGAAAUCAAUGCAAAACAGUUACUACAUGGCUUCGGUAUGCUGAUUGGAGGAUCCAAGAACUAA